UUGCGGUUUCUGGACGAGGCUGGGUAGUGUCUGGUCCAAAACCAUGAGGUUGUUUUUAUCUUGAUUAGGUUCAUAUUCCCAUACAACAUAAGGCCAGGUGUUUGAGAUCCGUUGGAGCUGACGGGAAAAUGAAGACACCGACAUUAGUAACGUUCACGGACACCGAGGCAGACGGACUCUCCUGUUUCCGUUGAUGCCAAACGGUCAAGCCUCCAAUGAGAAAAAUUCUGAUUUCUUAUUUUUAUGGGGGAUGAUGGACGUCCCGUCCCCUAAUCAGAGGCACCCUCCGUGUCCACUGUGGGCGGUCCAGAACGGCUGGUCCUCUGAUGCGCCUGCAGGACCUCUCCCCGACCUCCAGCAGCUCAGCCUGGGCUGUGAACCCAACCAAAACCUGAGCUACAACCACCUGCAAGCAUCUGGCGUUUACUCUAAAAGUGAUGUUGCUACCUUUUCUACCAGGAGCAACUCUCAUCCCAGCAUGCAGAAUGUUUGUAAAGAUUAUCAGAGCAUUCCUGAUAUUUUAUCCCCUAUUGUUCAAGAAAGGAACAUACCGCCAUGCUCUCUUCCAUAUAAUGAAGCAACGCAGCAAGUGCAACAUUAUUCCGCUCCUAAUGCUUACCAAGCAGUAGAUCCCUCAUCAUAUUCUCCACUUACAUAUCGAAGUCUUCUGAAUCAGCCACCAACUCAAAAUCCUCUUCCCGCUAGCUCUCCGUGUGUUGACCCUCAGUUAAACCAUAAUCAACAUCUUGCAUCCGACGGGGGAAACUCUGGAUCUUUUGUUGGAUUCAAUGAAGCGCUGACCUCAGCCAGCGCUCCCAUCCAGAAGCAGCCUCUGUGGAGCGUUGCAGCACUUUCUAAAGGAAGCAUAAAUGACUUUGUGCCCACUGCAUCUCCUCCGGAUCAUAAUUUGACACCACAGUCUCCCAACUCUGAGUCUCGUUAUGGCCUGAAUCCUGAACUCUUACCAAGCGCUGUAAAGGGGAUGGCAGAGGACAGAGCGGAGUGGGAUGGAAAAGUUUUCAUCUCGGAGCAUUUUUCUCGCCUGCCUCCUCUGCCGACCACUUCCUGUGUCAUAGAGGACAGAGGUAACGUAAGCCCCUUGGCCAUCCGCUCUGUAACUUACUGCGUCCCCAGUGACGGCCAGACGGCGCUGCUCAGCCGACUGCCACUAGGGGUGCUAGUUACUCCCUUCUUCAAUCAAAAUGAAUGCCUGAAGCCGAUCCCUCUAUGCAAACAUACGGAUUGCGUCGUGGGCUGUCGUUGGUGCGGCGCCUCCAUGUGCCCAGCGAUGGGCUGGCAGGACUGUGGGCAGAGGUUUCACUGCCCCUUCUGUGGGAAACUCAAUGAAGUGCCGUGGCAGCAGUAUCAGCCCACCAAAGGAGCGGAGGUCCGGGUUGACAAAGACAAGAGGCCCGAACUCAGCAUGGGGUCGUAUGAAACACUGAACUCAGAGAAGGGUGAAGCUGCUGCACUUCUUCUAGCCAUAGAUGUUUCUGCCUCUGCACUGACAGGAGGACACUUAGAAUUUGUCACUCAGCAAAUACACACAUUGCUCACCUCACUGGUCAGGGCUUGUAGAGAGGCAGGAGACGCUUCGUCAAAUCUCCGUGUGGGUUUGAUGACGUAUGACAGCAGGAUCCACCUGUACGACCUCAGUCCUGACCUUUCCCGUCCUCACAUGCUGGUCAUCGCUGAGACGGAAGACCUGCAGCUUCCUGUGAGGGAGAGGCUUCUGGUGCCCCUCAUAGACUGCAUACAAAGUAUAGACAGUGUGUUGCAACUCAUUCCUCAGUUCGGGGCUGAGUGCGGUGACUCCACUGGACUUCCCAUUGAGCUUCCUGUUAAAGCAGGCCUGGCUGUACUGCAGGGCCUGAAGUGUCCAGGGAAACUGCUUAUCUUCCACACAGCUGGCCUGAUUGAGACAGGACACACCAACUCUUCCUCAGGGUUCUUUGGGACCAGCAAACCAAAGUCCAUCUUUCAGCCAUCAGAAAAAGCCGUCUCAUUGGCUAAAGAGUGCAUCAGCCAGGGCUGCGGCGUCCACAUGUUUGUUCUCUCCCAGCAGGAUGUGGGCGGGGCUUGGCCGGGCCACAUCCCAUUUCUAACUGGUGGAGCUCUGCACACCUACAGCUACCUCCAGGGCGACCUGGACAGAGAGCGUUUCAGCGUGGACCUGAAGCGGGUCGUUGAGACGGAAACGGGCUACAAGGCUGAGCUCAGGAUAUUCGUCAGCAAAAAUUUGCGCGUGUCUGGUUGCUAUGGGAUGUUUGUCCCCGGUUCACACCCUGAACACAUCGCCUUGGCAACGCUCCACAGCAGGACGACUGUGGCUGUGGAUCUGGCCCACAGCAAAGCUUUGGAUGAGACGGGAGGGGCAGCUGUUCAGGUUGUCCUGUCUUACACUUCCCAGACGGGAGAGAGAAGGACCAGAGUUCACACUUUGACACUGAGAUGCUCACGCCACCUACAGGACACUUUCAGAAACUACCAGGCUGAAACCCUUCUCACUUUCUACUGCAAGAAGAUGUACUGUGCAGUGUUAGAGCGCCCUCUGCAGGAGCUGAGGGAGGAACUGCAGACAGAUGUAACAGAAGCUCUGGCAUCGUACCGCAAACACUGCUGCUUGUCUUCAGUGUCUGCUGGUCAGCUGGUGCUUCCUCAGUUCCUGCGAGCUCUUCCAGUUUACGUCAACAGUCUGAGGAAGAGCGAGGUUCUGCUGCCGGGUCUGAGGAGCUCCAUCCACCAGCGGCUGCAGCAGCGCUGCCAGGUGCUGGGCCUCGACACCCGCAGCACCGUCCGACACUUCUACCCCCUGCUGCUGCCUCUGCUGCCUUCAGUUGACAGCUCUAGUCCUCCAUACCCAGAGGGGGCGCUACGGUGCACCAGUUCCAGCCUGGACUCCAGGGGUCUGUACCUGGUUCACGCACCCUUCACUAUGCUGCUCUGGGUUGGCACUCAGGUCCCUGUAGGGACGCUUGUUGAGCUCUUCAACACCAGCUGUUUCUCUUCGCUGCCUUCAGGCGAGACCAACCUUCCAGCUCUGGAAAACCGUCUGUCCGUCAGAGUCCGGUCACUCAUCAACUCGCUCAACUCCGAGGUUCCCUACGCCCGCAAGCUUGUGGUGGUGAAACAAGGCGACACCUGCGAGGAGGCGCUGCAGCACCACCUGGUGGAAGACAAAAGUCCCAACGGAGGAGCGUCAUACGCAGACUUCCUGUACCAUCUCCACGUCAACUCUGUCCGUCUCCUGCUGUGAUCUAUACACACACGAAAAGACUGAAUGCAGAAGAUCAUGGUUUUGUUUUUAUUGAUAGAAGAUUUAUUGUAGUUUGAAAAUAUUAAGACUGUUCAGAAAAGUAGGAUGUGCAUGGACAUGUGGCCCUAAAAUAAUCACUUUUAUCUAUCUCUUUAUUUAUUUACUCAAGAAUGAUGUGUUGAUGUGAAGAGUCAUGCAAUGUGUUUUAUUUUCUGAAAAAUAUCUGUUGUUAAUUUAUCCAUGUGUCGGUGAUUCUCUAACCCCAGCCUCAUAUGCGUGUGAGAGACAAAGUCCAUUCCUGUGGAUUAAAAAUAAAAAGA